AUGGUAAGAUUUCAUGGUGUACCGUUGUCCAUUAUAUCUGAUAGAGGUACUUCGUUUACUUCUCAGUUUUGGAAAUCAUUCCAAAAAGGUCUUGGCAUAAAAGUGAAGUUUAGCACGACUUUUCACCCACAACCUGAUGGGCAGGCGGAGCAAACAAUCCAAAAUUUAGAGGAUAUAUUGAGUUCAUGUGUCAUCGAUUUCAAGGCAGAUACCCUGAGCAUGGCUAAGGGAAAUGGUGACAAAUUGGUUGCGGCGAAGCAAGAGUUCGAGAGGGAUUUCAAAUUAACCGCACUCGUAACUCAGCUGAACGAUUUGGCCACCAAAAUAUCAGAGGUGGAAGACCAGUGUAGAAGUAAAGGGAGGUUGAAGUGUGGAAAGAGCUCGAAAAGGUGCAGGAUGGUGAACAACAGGUCCAGGCGGCAAGGCGCCGAAGAGGUUGGUGAACUCGACCUAAUCCGUUGUUUGACUCAAGACAUCUUCAAAUUGGAGUCUGUAAAACUCAGCGAACCAAGGGAAAUUAUUGGGGAAUCGCCGACCAUGUCGGCGAUCCCGACGAAGACCGCCAUUUGGACUCCCACAACAAUUGGAGAUCCUGUAAAAUUCAACUAG